CUGAAAUAAUGGGUGACUGGGAAGCGCAUCUGAAUUGUAUUGAGCUUAUGAUACCUUUUUUCACGCCGCUGGGCAUUUCAACUAUGGAAAAUCUGCUCGACUUUAUCUUCAAAAAAUGAGACUUUUGAAAUUCAUUAUGGAUCCACGUGAGUUUAAAAAAUUUACCGAGGAAGGAUUUCUUACUUCCCGGAGGUCCAAUGAGUUUUAUGCUGGUAUUUUCUCCGACCAAACCAUUGAACAAACACUGAUGAGAGCAAUGAGCGUAGAAGGUGGACCGUUCAAACGAGGCACUACGGAAAGCACUGUAUGCAAAUGGAUUAAAGGUAUCAUAUACACGAAGGAUGUAAUUGAAGCAUUAGAGAAAUUUUGUGAUAUCGCAUUUAAUAAAAGCUACCAACAUGUUGACGCGAGAGAUGCGAGAAUCAAAAAAGAUAAGAAAGACGUGUUGGUUUUAAAAACAUUUUUGUUGGAGCACAAUCCAUUUGAAGACAUUGAUCACCUACAAAACAUUGUAACAGGGUUGAUCGCCACUGAUGAGAUAAAUUGCUACAACGCUCUGGCGAUUGGCAUCGAAGCCAUGAAGAGCAUCGAUGACAUGACUUUUAAUGACAUAAAAUUAUCCAAAAAAGAUAAAGUUAUCUCAUUAAUUGGUGUCAAUAGCAAAUUCAAAAUUGGCGAUAAAAUUGUGCCUAUAGAUCCACUACUAUUAUUUCAACGUAUUUGUAUCAUGAAAAAGAGUAACGAACAGUUGGAGAUGUACCUGAAAUAUGAACUGGCACCAUAUCCACUUUCAUUAUUUGACGAUAUUGGGAUGCGAAAGACAAACAAAUCUAUCUUAUACUCAUUAAUCGAAACCCAGGAUAUUGUGAUCAACAAGGAAGCAUUAGUGUACUUUAUUGAUGGAGGAAUGUUAUUAUAUAGAGUAAAAUGGCCUUCGAAUUGUAAUUAUGCAGACGUUUUUGACAGUUAUAUUUCAUAUUUAAAAAAACAUUUUGGCAAUAAUAUUACGGUAGUUUUUGAUUGUUAUGAUGGAGAAAGUAAUAGAGCAUCAGAGAGAAAUCGUCGAGCACUGAAAGUUGCUUCAAAGGAAUACCAAUUUGCCAAAGAUAUGCCAGUCAAUAUUAGCCAAGAUAAAUUCUUAUCGAAUUAUAAAAACAAAAGACGUUUUAUUAAAUUUCUUAUGGAAGAAUUGGAAAAAAAAUCUAUUAAAUGCUAUUAA